CAACGGACUCCGAUGUGAUCUGCUGCUCUCCCUCUUUCUGCCUCUCCAACCCUGGGGCGGUAACACUCGUUUUCUUGUUUAUUUUUUUUUUCUUAAAUCUUUCUUUUUGCGCUUGCCCUGGGGGGCAGCGAGACUGAUCGAGACGCGCAGCAUGCUUCCGGUCAUUUUCGCCGCGUCGAUCUUGGCGCUGGCAGCGACCGCCGCGACUGCCUCGUCAGGGCGUACCGUUACACGUGGAGAUGGCAUCGUCCGGUCCCCCCUCCGGCCGGUCGCGGGUCCGGGUCCGAAACUUCGGGUCCGACAGAACGAAGUGGAGGUGCUCAACCAGAGGACCGGGACCCGAUACGGGAUGGAGAUCGAAAUCGGAACCCCACCACAGAAAGUGAUGCUCAUUGUCGACACCGGUUCGCCCAACACGUGGGUGAACCCGCAAUGUGAGACAUCCAACACGCCGUCCGACUGCGCCAAAUACCCGCAGUUCGACUACACUGAGAGCAGCUCGAUCAACAUCACCGAUUAUGUCGACGUCCUUCGGUACGGCUCGGGCAGCGCGACAGUCCAAUACGUCUACGAGACGGUGUCGAUAGGAUCCGCAACGCUCAAGGACCAGAUCAUCGGCAUCGCCCUCGAGUCGGAAGACAUCCCGCUUGGCAUCCUAGGCCUAUCACCGCCGGUCCGAGGCGUCAACCAAUACCCCUACAUUCUCGACACCAUGGUGGACCAAGGCCUCAUCAAGAGCCGCGCCUUUAGCCUCGACCUGCGCGGUGUCGACAACCCCACCGGCGCCGUCAUCUUCGGCGGCAUCGACACGGGCAAAUACAUCGGCACGCUCGCCAAGCUCCCCAUCAUCGCGCCGUCGAGCGCCCCCGGCGGCGCAGAUCGCUACUACAUCACCAUGACGGGUGUCGGCCUGACGCUCCCGGACGGGACCAUGGUGCGGUCGGAAGAGCUCGACGUGCCCGUGUUUCUCGACUCGGGAAGCACGCUGUCGCGCCUGCCGACGGUCAUACACCAGGCUCUCGCGGCGAGCUUCACCGAGGCCAUGCUCGACCAGGAGAGCGGCCUGUUCAUCCUGCCGUGCGAGUACACGGACAUGGCCGGCUCGAUCGACUUCUACUUCGCCGGCAAGACGAUCCGGGUGCCCCUGCGCGAGUUCAUCUGGCGCAGCGGCGACUACUGCAUCCUGGGCGUGGCGCCCGAGGACGACGAGCCCAUCCUGGGCGACACCUUCCUCCGCGCAGCCUACGUCGUCUACGACCAGGACAACCGCAACGUGCACCUGGCUCAGGCCGCCGACUGCGGCACCAACCUCGUCGCCAUCGGCUCCGGCGAGGACGCCGUCCCCAGCUCCACCGGCCGCUGCACCGAGCUGCCCACGCCCACGGGCGAUCCCACGCGCACGCGCGCGGGCAGCUCCAACCUGGACAUGACGGCCACCCGGCCGCCCGCCAACACUUUCACCGGCCGGCUGCCGACGGGGAUCGCCGGCGGGCCCGGCCCGGCCAGGGACGGCAGCACCACCACCGUCACCGGCGGCGGAUUGCAGCCGAUGUUGCCCACGGGGUCGCCCAAGGGAUCAGAGGGUACGGAACAAAAUGCCGCCGGCAGGGGCGUUGAUUCUGGGCUGGGAGCAGCGGUGGCCGCCGUGCUGGGGGUGGUCAGUCUGCUGGUUUUGAUGCUCUAGUUGGGUUAUUGGCCCGAAUUUUUUUGUGUCCUAUUUUCUUCUUCUCCCCCUCUCAUUCUUGAUGCCUGUAUUAAUCAGCUAGUGAGAGAGCAUCCUUUUGCAUCGGGAGAUAUAUAAUUAUAUAUAUGCCGGGCGUGAAUCAUGAGGUUGGCUUCUAUGGAUUCAGAUCGGAAGGGAUAUUAUGAUUACUUUAGUAAGAAACAUGACCCGCUGCGAAGCCGAAAUCUCCGCCAAUGCAUACAACUCGGCCUGGAGCCGUUUUCCACGCCGCACCAGGAAUGCUUUUGUGCUCGUGGGGCACUCUUUCAAACAGUCAGCGGCUCAAGCG